AUGCUUAUCUUCUUGCCUUCCUCAUAUAUCGCCUAUGAAUAUUGCGAUACAUAUGCAUUGGUUAAUAUGAACCUUUUAUUUAAAAAGCUAGGCAGGGGCUAUGAAGAGGUUAUGCUGGCAGAUGACAGUCAAGCAGGAAUACUCGGGCAGUUCCGCGCGCUUUUAAGUGCAUGA